AUGGGUGUCGCUGAAAAUGCGGUCUGAAAACCCAUUUCUGUCCCUGGUCCUGCCCAGUAUACUGAUCAUUGUGGCAGAUGUGGUGAGCUUCUCCCUGCCACUGGGAGGGGGCGAGCGUAUCUCAUUCAAGGUUACACUGGUUCUCAGCUUCAUCAUGUUCCUCAUCAUCCUCAAUGACCUACUGCCUGGAGGAGGCCAGUGCAGCCCCAUCAUCCGAAAGCACUUCUGUUUCUGUUUGGUCAUCCUGGUGUUGAGCACGUUGCAGUCUAUGGUGCUCACACGCCUGGCUAAGUGUGGCACUCUCUGGCCCUGCAGCCUCUCCAAGUCCAAAGACUCACUGCUUAAAGACACAGACAAUGAAGAGGUAUCCAAAUCUGAUAUUACUGUCAUCAAACUGAAAGCCUCUGAGGAAAAGAAGAAGAAUACAGCCCUCCAAAAGGUGGUGAAAUUUCUCAACAAAAUGGCUGCACAAGACCAGAAAAAAGCAAGACGCCAUCGCUUUGCCAACAAAGUGGACUUGAUCUGUUUCUGUAUCUAUCUCACCGUCCUCAUUGUUUAUGCAGUCGUCAUUUUAUAUUUCUCCUUUGGUUCUUCAUGCGAGAUCAACCAUUUAGAAUUCUGGGAAUACUAAAUUGUUAAUUUGCUUUUAACAAAAAUGUUUAAAGAAAUGGUGGUCAUAUGAUAGAGAAAGCAUUCCUAUAUCGUUCCUAUUGUGGCAUCUGUGAGCGCACAGGCAGUGCCAUUGAGGCAAUCUCCAUUUUGAAGUAGUCCAUUUUCUUCUUCUACUAUUUCAAUGAGUUGGUAAACAAACUGAAAGGGUUUAUCCUGCCACAUGUAGGGAACAGGUAUAAAGUUAAGGUUGAUGAUUUACUGCCACAUGUAGGGAACAGGUAUAAAGUUAAGGUUGAUGAUUUACUGCCACAUGUAGGGAACAGGUAUACAGUUAAGGUUGAUGAUUUACUGCCACAUGUAGUGAACAGGUAUAAAGUUAAGGUUGAUGAUUUACUGCCACAUAUAGGGAACAGGUAUAAAGUUAAGGUUGAUGAUUUACUGCCACAUGUAGGGAACAGGUAUAAAGUUAAGGUUGAUGAUUUACUGCCACAUGUAGGGAACAGGUAUAAAGUUAAGGUUGAUGAUUUACUGCCACAUGUAGGGAACAGGUAUAAAGUUAAGGUUGAUGAUUUACUGCCACAUGUAGGGAACAGGUAUACAGUUAAGGUUGAUGAUUUACUGCCACAUGUAGUGAACAGGUAUAAAGUUAAGGUUGAUGAUUUACUGCCACAUAUAGGGAACAGGUAUAAAGUUAAGGUUGAUGAUUUACUGCCACAUGUAGUGAACAGGUAUAAAGUUAAGGUUGAUGAUUGCAGUUAUGGAAUGUUUGCUCACAAUAAUUUAUUGGCUGAUCCCUACUAAUGACCCGAAUGGAAUCAUGUGAUCCUUCCUUAGUCCUGCCUUCAAAAUGGUUCAAGUCCCAUGCUGCUGCCAAUGCUAAUACAGGCGUUUGGCCACAAGAGGUCUCUAUCAUUCUCUAUGGUUUGGUCAACACAAAUUUUGCAAGAACUAGCAAAAAGCUACCUUUGAGCUUCUGUGUGGUAAAAUUUAUUAUUUGUGUAUUCUUCACUAGAGAUUUACAUUUCAACAUGUUUAAAAAUAGAUAGUCAUAUGUGGAAUAAUGCAUUUAGCAAUUAGAAUUCUAAUAAAUACAUGGACAGUGGACUGUAGCUGUAGCAUUAGUAGUGUGGAAACAAAUCAACAGUGUGUUAUCUCCUAUAGAGGCAGUGUGAAGACCUUAUUAUCUCCUAACUAAGCAGGUUCUCAACCUCAGGCUGAGAUAUCAAAUAGUCUCUCGAUCAUCUCCUCCACCUGCGCUGGGCUGUAUUUGUGGUAUCUCUCAGGGUGUUUGGAGAAAUCAUGGUCACAUCUGUGUAAAGUACAGGCAAAGGACCAUAAUAAAUGAAUAUCACUGUACCAG